AAAGGAGGAGGUGUCAGUGCGGAGAUGGGACUACAGCUCCCCCUCUCCUGGGUUGGGUGCAUUCUCAGCUCCUCCCCAGACGUUCCACCUGAGCAUGUUGUGUCAACAGCAGUGGUGUCUGCGCUGUUUGUGUGGUGACAAGACAGACAGCUUGGGUUAAACACCUCGCCUGGUGGAGAGGCCCAGGACUCGGCCUUGCUGUCAGGAGAGGUUCCUCCCUUUUUCUCCGUUGCCCAGGAACUCUGGCCUUUCAGCUGUUCAUUCUUGAGACUUCUCUGGGUCUUUCUACCCCGUGACCUUUAAUUGCAUAACAGCAAGGAGAGGUGAAGACUGUGUUAUCACUUUAUUUAGUUCCAGGGUUUUUCUGGAAAUACCUCCAGCUGCUGCUAUUUGCCCAGCCAAGCAUGGCCUCGCCACCUUUCCAAGGCUCAGUACCCCUCCUGUCUUGUGUCUGUUCUCUCAGCCUCUGCCCUCCUCCCAUGUCCUGGUGGAUCUCCUGGGUGGACCACCAUCCUUUUCUCCCGGGUUUUUCAUGUUCUGUCCCCUUCUCCCAGUAUUUUUCUGUCACCCUUGCUUGUCUCUCUCUCCUCCCUUUCUUUGUUUCCCAUUCUCUCUGCUUAGAGCCAAGGAGGGAGGGAAGCUGAGAUCCGUCGUGGUGUGGGAGGAGGAGGAGCCCAGUCUUCCUUUCCCCAGCCCUCCCACACCUCCUUUCCUAGCCCGUAUGCUGAGGUGCGGAGGUGAGACUAGAGGCCCAGGGGCUGCAGUGCCUCUUCCUGCGUUUCAGUCACGCUCCUGCUGUUACCCAGGGCUCUCCUUACUGCUUGGUGCCUGGGCCCGGGACCUCCCUGCAGUUCCGCCUCCCAGUCACUCUGUCCGACGUGGACUCCAGCCAGCUCACUGGCCAGGGCAGGACGACCAACCAGUCAGAGAAGUUACACAGGGUCAGCCUCCGACCCCAGGGCAGCAAAACCAAGAGUUCCCUAGGCACAGACGGAGACCAGGACUGCAGCUGCCUCUCUUGGCAGGGAACAGCCGUAGUGCCGCCUCCAAAGGGCCCCCUCUCUCCAGGCGAGAGGCGAAGAAUGGAAAAAUCCCUGGGCUGACAGAAAAUGUCUAAAUGACUGGGCUGUCUUCCUCCUGCCCGGGCCCUGCACGGCCCUGCCUGGUGGUCACAAAUCUGAACCCCACCACAAGCACAUCAUGGGGGCGGAGGGACUCACCCAGGCUCCCACUAGGCUUCUGACCAAGUCCUACCAUUCCCUUGGCCAACACUGUGACCAUGCUCUGCAGACAACAGUCUCUGGCUCGGCCCCAGCCUGCAGCAGGUCACCUCCUGCUGCCCCUGUGGGUGAAGAAGCAGGAGCCAGGCCCCAGGACCUCGGAAGCUCUGUUCCCUCCACAUUGGAGCCUGCACCAUGGUGGUGGGGCGGGGGAGGGGCUGCUGAAGGAAGGAGAUGGCACUGUUCCUGCAGAUGGGGAGGGAGGGCACGGGGAACAGCCCAGCCGUAGCACCCCAGGCUCCUCCGGUAAGUUCCUCUCCCUGGUAACAAGAUUCUUCCAUGGGGACUUAGAAUGUGCAGAGCCCAUCCAUGGCUGCCCUGCACCUGGCAGGGGGGUGCACAGGUGGACUCCUCAGGUUGGGGGAGGUGUUCUCACCCAGCCAAGCUGAGGUUCUGCCACUUCCUGUCCCUGGGGAGCAACUCCAGUUACCAGGGCAACAGGCUAAAAUAAAUCUUGUCUGGGUAAGGCCAAGGGUAGUGUCGUUGCUAGGGCGACUGAUUAGGCCAGUUGUUUGGCUCCAGGCUUUUCCUGGUACCCAGCAGGCUAAAUCGCCUGGCACUGAUUACCAGCCCACUCUACCGCUGUCGCCUGCCCAGAGCCCAGGCACUCAGGUGCCUGCCGCUUCCUGCUUUAUCUUUGCCCAGCACUUAGGGGCUCAAUGACACAAGGUAGUUUGGAGCUGGUCUCUGUGACAGCAGCUGUGAUUUUACAAGGACUGAGGUGCUGUAAAGUGGCCUGGUUGAUGGGGAGCAGGAAGGAAUAGGUAAGAGACCCUCCUGUGGGUAGCUUCAAAUCAAGCCUGGGGAGUAAGGCUCCAGGCCAGGAGCACGGCAGGCUCCCUGUGGGUGCCCAACUCCUUGAGGCAGUGCCAAGGCUGGGAAGGUCUUUUGUGUUCCUGCCACUGUGCACAGGGUGCAUAUGUCAAGGCCACACUGGAGGCUAUGGCCUUGAACACACUUGUUUUGGUGGCCACUUAUUGAUCCAUCACAUACCUGCCUCUCCCUGGCCAACACCCACCAGUGGUGGUGGCUGCCACUGGCCCCAGUGCACCACCUGAGCCCAGCACCUCUCCUGUACGUUGGGGGGACUUUGGCUGACCAGGAGGCACCUGGAGUGGGCUCUGGGCACCGCCUGCCUGCUAGCCAGAUGCCCAUCCUCACUAGUUGGCUCCCUGCACUCUCAACAUGACCCUUGUAAAGAUGUUCAAGGAUCCUAGUUUCCAUGCACAUGGCACAACUGGCUUCUGCAGGAUUCCAGCUCACAGAGGAGCCCCUUCCUCCCAGGGCUGGGAAGUGGAGGGGCACAGGUGGGAGGCCUUGCCCUGCCUGCUCAGGUGGCCCUGGCCCUUGGACCAGUCUGAGAAGAGAGGCAGCUUCCCUUGCUUCGGUGCUCUUGUUCUAUCUCCUUCCUUACCCUAAAGGUGCUCCAUCUUUAAUAGGGGCCACGAUUGCCCUCCUCACCGCCCAACCCUCAGCUCCCUCCUGUAGAUAUCUUACUUGCCAUGAAAGUGAUAUCACAAGGUCCUCUAAGGCCCCCACCCUUGUGUCAACUGCUGGUUUGUCUUGCAGGGUGUGCACUGACCAGCGCCAUCACCCCCAGCAUGAGUCGGUGGUCCUUGCAAGGAUCAGAAGUAGGGUGUAAAAUGUCUGAAUCCCAGCCCCAUCUCAAACCACUCAGAAUGCAAGGGGCAAAGGGUAUCUCCGCCAGAGAGUCUGCACUUCUGUGAUGAGAGCCUUCCACAGGCCCAUGCAUUUUUGGACAGUGGUGGUGAGGAGGGGCUGAGGGCAAUGGGGCAGCAAGAGGGACAUGCCCUGAGAGAUGGUCUUUUCCUCCACAGGAUCUCCUUCAGCGGCCACUUGACUGGGAUUCUGGUGGGACUGGUCUGUGCACAGGGACCAAUCCAGAAGUUAACCUAUCCCAAGACACGGCCUAUCACCCCAAACCCACAGAGAAACAACCUCCAGCUUGUCUGACAGCGCACAGCCCUAUGCUUGAGGAGCCCGGCUCUUAGGGUUACUUGGGAAGGAAGAGUACAGAACCAUUCCUAGGUGGGAAGGGGCGACCCAGGUGCCGGACGCCUAGAGCCCGAGUGGAGAGUGGCAGGAGCUGGAAUGGGCUGCUGCUGGAAGGGUGGCCCGGCUUAGCCUCCCACUAAUGGCCAGGACUGUGGACGCCGCCAGUGCGGUCACCUCGGACACAGUUGCAUUCACAUUCACCUCACAUCGUCGCUUUCUCGGCAGUCAGCUCAGACCAGUGGAGACGCCCCCACACUCCCCGCCCCUGCGAAAGCCCAGUGCGAGGGGGUGGGGUGGGGCGGAGGCUGCCUCCCCUAGACUUUCCAGCUCCAACUCCACUCCCACGGCCCGGCGUCCAGAGCCCGGGGCGCGCGAGGGUUAACCUCGCGGGGGUGGGGACUCCGGAGCAGUCGGCUCGGCAGAGCGAGGGAGGGGAAAGGAGGCGACGGGAGGCGCGCGGAGCCGGCUGGGGUCGAGCCUCGGAGUAUUAGAGGCCGUUGGAGCCCCGGGUAUCGCAGGCCACCGGGCAGCCUCUGGGGCACACGCUGCGCGCAGCAAGGGGCCACUGCAAGCCCCCUGCCCCAAACUUCAAGUCGGAAGCAGGGGACAGACGCUGGGCAUCAAGACUUGUCUGGACGCCCCCGUCCCUGGGAGCACCACCUCCACCCCACGUCUGCGGGUCUUUUCCCAGCCGUCUCCGUCCCUCCUCCGACCACUUUACUGCCUUUGGCCGGGGAUGAAGCCCGGAGACGGUGGCCCCACGGCGACCCCGGAGUCCGAGUCCGCCGACGCGCCCCCCGGUCCGCCGCGGCCCUCGGCCUGGCCCGAUGACGUGCGGCUCUGCGGCCACCUGCGGAAGCAGAAGUCCCAGCGCCGCCGCUUCUUCGUGCUCCGCGCGGACCCGCCGCGCCUCGAGUGCUACGAGAGCGAGAAGUUGUUCCGCGCCGGCCGAGCGCCGCCCAAGCUCAGCGUGAGCCUGGCGGGCGCGUGCACCAUCAGCAAGCGCGUGGACGCGCGCCACCGCCACCUGAUCGUCCUCUACACGCGCGACCGCAGCCUGGGCGUGGCGGCGGCCAGCGAGGCGGAGCAACAGGCGUGGUACAGCGCCCUGCUCCAGGCGCGCGCCGCCGCCGGUCCUAGUUCCCAAGAGGCCCCCGGGACCUGGAUCCUCGCUCCGUUUCAGGACGUCUGGCCCGUGACGCUGCGGCCCAAGGGGCUGGGGCGGACACGAGGCCUGGGCAGUGGCGGCUACCGCCUGUGCCUGGGUUCUGGGGUACUGAGCCUGCUGCGGAAGCCCAGGGGUAGAGGCUCCGGGGACACCCAGGCAUGGCCGCCGCCGGCCCUCCGCCUGUCCUUGCUCAGUGUGCGCCGCUGCGGCCACGCAGACUCUUUCUUCUUCCUGGAGCUCGGUCGCUCAGCGCCCACGGGUCCCGGGGAGCUGUGGCUACAGGCGCCCGAUGGUGUGGUGGCCCAAAGCAUUCACGAGACCGUUCUGGCCGCCAUGAAGAGACUCGGGGACGGCGUUACCGGUGGUAGGGCUGAGCCACUGCCAAGGGAUCCCCCGACAAGCGCCCCCGGGUUCUCUGUCCCCCAACCUUAUGAGACCCCGGCCUCCGCGGCCCAAUCAAUCAGUCUGAGCCGUCCGGGUUGCCUGGGUGAGAGGAGCGAGCAAGCAACCCUCAAGACCCUGGUGACGCUGGGGGCAGUAGCCUCGUACCCCCAGGGGUUGGAGCAAGGCGGGGGUUACAUAACCAUGGGAGCCAGGAGUGACUAUGAGCCCAUGGGGGGCGGCGAUGCAGGCGGUUACAUGGUGAUGGCGCCCCCGGGCCUUCCGGCAGCCGCCAGCACCGCUCCUCGCCAGCCACUCCAGGACUCGGGGGGCACUGAAUACGUGCCCAUGAGCCGCUUUGCACCAGGGUCCUUUUCCUCGAGCUCCCUGCCCGGUUUCUACAAGCCCGGGGCCGGGGAGCCUGGACUCGGGCUCCGAGGCCCCCGUCUCUGCGUCGGGGACAGCUGGGGACCGGCGGGAGCUCACCCCUGCUUGCAGGCGCCGUCCGAGCUAGCCGGGGAGUACGUGUGCAUCGAGUACGUGGCCCCGGACUACGUAGGAAUGGGCACUACCGUACCGCAGCCGCCCGACGGCCGCCUCAACUACAUCGACCUGGACCUGGUCCCUCCUCUGCGGGCGCGAGGCGACACCCCCGGGGCCAGCACUCACCGCCCGCACAGCUACGCGAGCAUCGAGUUCCAGAACCUUGGCGAGGCGCGGGGUUCCUGCAGCAUUGCUCCAGAGUCUCAGCCAAAGAACUAACCCAGCCCCAGAGCCUAACUCCCGGGGCACAGCACAAGUUGGAUGAAAGCACCAGGUAUCUUAUCCCUAGUGCCCCCCAAAAAGUGAAGUGCCACCCCCUUACUCCCUAGUUUGCCUCUCCCAAUGCCAGCCACGUGCUCACACCAUCCUCCCUUCUCCGGGACCCAGCAGAGCUCAUGGAGUACCUGCAUCCCACUAGUCUGGGGGACUGUACUCUGGACCCCCACCCUGGCCCCACCCCACAAUUAAAGGUUUCCUGCUUGGUCAAUC